AUGUCAAGUUCUUCUACAGGUUCUAAAACUAUUGCUUCAUCAUGGCAAAAUCCUCAUGGCGAUUUUAGGAACAGAACAACCCCAUGGUUUUGUAUCGAUGUGGUGUUAAAGCUAGCUUAUCAAUUUCCUAGACAGAAAAGAAUCCUAGAAGGAAAUUUAGGGGAUGCCCCAACUACAAGGUGGGUGGACCCACGUUUGCCUAAUCAAGAUUACAAAAACCUGAUGUUUCAAAUGCAUUUAGCUCUGGUUAGUAUGGUUGAUGGCAAUGUCAGCUGGAACUGGUGA